AUGGAGAUGAAGGAAGAGAUUUAUGCAAAUGCAGAAGUUGCAGCUGAUUCCAGUGACAGCGAGCAUUCGUAUGAAGAUGUUUAUGUGACUGAGGACAAUUUGCAGACCCAGAGGGCUGGAAGCUUCAAGCAGUCUGAGAGCUCAGGAGGAGAGACUACAAGAAUCAGAGGUUACAGACUGACUGCAGUGUGUUUGCUCCUGCUGUGUGUUCUCCUGCUGACUGCCAUCACAGUGCUGUGGAUCAAAUUCAACAUCCUUAGUACAGACAAAACCAAGUUGGAGACCAGUCACAACAACCUGACUAAAGAGAGAGACCAGUUACAGACCAGUUACAACACCCUGACUAAAGAGAGAGACCAGUUACAGACCAGUUACAACACCCUGACUAAAGAGAGAGACCAGUUACAGAGCAGUUACAACACCCUGACUAAAGAGAGAGACCAGUUACAGACCAGUUACAACACCCUGACUAAAGAGAGAGACCAGUUACAGAGGGAGAGAGAGGAACUCGAGAGGUUUUCUAAUAAACUGGGAUGGAUAUAUUUCAGCUCGAGUAUUUACUUAAUGUCUAAUGAAGGUAAGACCUGGACUGAGAGCAGACAGGACUGCAGAGGGAGAGGAGCAGACCUGGUGAUCAUAAACAACAAAGAGGAGCAGGAGUUUAUCAGUAAAUUACUGGGCACAAGAAAGGCUUGGAUUGGUCUGAAUGACAGAGACAAAGAGGAAGUGUGGAAGUGGGUGGAUAAUAAACCACUGAGCACUGGGUAUUGGGGACGUGGUGAAUCCAACAGUAAAGUAGGAGAUGAGGACUGUGUUCUAACAGGUGACAGGUCUGAUCCUGUCUGGAACUGGGCUGAUUAUCCCUGUGAUGAUAAGUUUAUCUGGAUCUGUGAGAAGAAAAUCUUUAACUGAAAUUCUGUGUGUAUGAAAAGCAAUGAACUGAAUUUAUAAGGUUAUCUGUGUAGCGCUGUGUCUGAAAAAUCCGCAUUACUAUUUUUAACUCUGUAACCUUCAAGGUGUUGCUUACUUUUCUUUGGGUGCCUAUUUUCCCAUUCAGGUUUGUUUCAGGGAAAGGAACACCUGAACAGAAAAAGAAUAAAGUG